CGAAACGGUUAACAAGGGUUGCUGUAUUUAUAAACAAAGCUGCUUUUUUUUAGCUUCCUCCUGUCUUGUGAAAUUGCAUAUGUUUUAUUAAAAGCUACUUAUUUUUAAUGAAUUAUCAUGGCACGAGGAUCUGCAAAUAAUGUUGUUGAAUCUAAAACCAGAGCCAAAAAGAAUGUUCCUACCAAAGAAAAAAAUUCCAAGAAAGCACCUACUGCUGCUGAAAAGGCAGCAAGUACACGUAAAGUAGUAAAAACAAUACCUAAUAAAAAAGGUACUAUGAAAAUAUCUAGUGAAAUAAAUACAGACGCAGAUGCAGAAGCUGAUGGUGGAAGAAAGAAACCUGGAACUACAUUGACAAAAGCAAGAAGUAAGAAAAAUGGAAAAGAAAUUAAUAAAAACAUUAAGAAAAUAGAAAUUUCCUCAACUAAAAGUGAAAAAAUUGGUCGGAAGAGGAAAAUAGAGGAGGCCAAUGAGCCAGUGAAUGAUAAGCCAAUUGAAAAUAAAUCUGAAGAAAAAGAACAUGAUAAUCAACCAGUUAAGAAAAGGACAAAAAUUAAACUUUCUAGUAUAUCUGGAAAUCUUCCUACUAAAAUAAUUAAGAAAAGUUCAGAAAAUAGGAAAAGUAAAAUAGUUACUGGUGUAAAAAUACCUGUUCGCAAAUUUAGGAAUCCUAAAAAAGAAAUGAUUGAGAGUCAACAAAAUGAUGAAGGUAUGAACUUGCAAAAAGAUGAUGAAUCAAAAUCAGAGAAAUCAAAAGUUGAAUUAACUGAGGUAUCCAAUUUAAAAUUAACAUCCAGUGUUACUAAAAAUUCAAAUAAAGCCCUUAAAAAUGAAAGUAUAACAACCAAAAAGGGUAAAAAAGUCCAAGCUAUCUCUCAGAAAAUUAGAAAUGUCAAAAAGAAUUCUGUGGAUGUAAGUGAUCAAAAUGACGAAGAUGAAACUUUGAAAAUGGAAAGCAGUGAUGAGGUAGUUAAAGAUGAUAGUGAAUCAGAAACUUUAGAAUCUUGCAAAGCUCCUGCAAAAGGUACCAAGAAGAGCUCAGAGAGCAAAACUGUAAUUAAAGCGAAAAAAAAUAUCAAAUUAAAAAGCAGUCUACGAACAACUAGAAAUACAAAGAAGCCCCAAGGACUGAAUUUAUUAAAAAACUCUGAAGAAGAAAAGAAAAUUCACGAAGAGGAGAAUAUGAAUAUUAUAGUAGAAGCAGAUCAACCUAAAAAAAAUAAAGUUGAAAUCAGUGGGCGUAAAACAAGAAAUGCCAAAAAGGUUGAAGAAGCUAAUUCUGAUGUGGAAAAUGUAGAAUUGCUCCAAAGUAAUGAGCAAACUGGAACUGGUAAUAAGAAAGACAUAGUAUUAAAUGCAGGAAAAAUCAGAAACUUUAAAAGAGGCAAUAACAAAAAGAGUGAUUCCGUGAAUAUAAUCGAGAAAGCAUUUGAAAAUUCUGUAAAUGAAAAUAAGGCUGAUGAAGAUGAAUCACAGUCUAAAGUGGAGAACAUUGAAAUUGAUGAAAAGAAGACAAGGCAAAGAAUAUCAAGAAAGAAAGAUCAAUCUGAUAUAAUUGUUUCCACUACAAAAUUAAAAAGAGGGGCAAAAGUUGUUUCUAAUGAAGAAUCAAGUGAAAAAUCACAGAUUUCAACAGAGGAAGAAAAUAGCAUUUCAGAUUCAUCAGAUACAACAAAAAUUGUACCUAUCAGAAAAACAAGAAGAGGUGGAAAAAUAGUGCUUGAUGAAGAAUCUACUGAACAAAUGCAGUUUUCAACAGAAAUAAAAGAUUUAAAUGAAGAAAGUAGCAAUUCAAACUUAUCAAAUAUGGCAGAUUCAGCAAAAACUGCAACUAAUAAAAAAACAAGAAGAGGAGUAAAGACAAUUCCAAAUGAUAAAUUUGUCAAUGAAAUACAGGUUUCUGCACAAACCAAAGACUUAGAUGAAGAAAAUAAUUCAAAUUUAUCAAGUGCAACAGAUGCAGCAAAAAUUACUCUUACUAGGAAAACAAGAAGAGGAAUAAAGUCUGUUUCGGAUGAUAAAUCUACUGAUAAAGUACAGAUUUCAACAGAAAUACAAGAUUUAGAUGAAGAAAAUAGCAAUUCAAACUUAUCAAAUAUUUCAGAUUCAGGAAAGACUGCUGCAACUCGAAAAACAAGAAGAAGAGUUAAACCUGUUUCAGAUAAAAAAUCUGUUGAAAACAUGCCAAUUUCAACAAAGACAAGGAAUUUACCUGAAGAAAAUAACGAUUCAAACAGCUUAUUAAACAUUGUAGGAUCUGCAAUAGUUGUACCCACUAAGAAAAUUAGAAGGGGCAUUAAGGCUGUUUCUGGAGAGGAAUCAAAUGAAGAAAAGCAUGUAUCUUCUGAUACAAAAGAUGCAGAUAUAAAGAAUAGCAAUUCAAAUAGUGUCUUGAAUGUAAACAAGACUUCUUUGGAAUAUACUUUAACUGGAAGAACUAGAAGUGGCUCUGUUUCAAAACAGAAAUGUGAUCAGCUUGCUCUGGAAAAGAAAUCAAGACUGAAAUUACAAAGUGAUAUGAAAGAAUCUUUGGAUAGCAAACAAGCUGAUGAGAGUUUAAUGCAAAAACUUCAAAUGCCAGCAGAAACAAGAAGUUUACAUGAAGAUAAUAAUAAUUCAUUACACUUAUCAAACUUUGCAACAUCUGUUUCUGAGAUAAAAUCUUCCAAUUUCAAUGAGGAUACAAAAAUAUCUGAUGAUAGUGAAACAGUUGAAACUGAGCAGAGUUUUAUGAAUUGCCUUCAAAAAGUAGAAAGUGAAGAUAUAUCUAAACAACCUAAAGCAGUGAAUGUCCAAAUAAACAAAAAUCUUGUUGAGGAAAUUUGUACUGAUAACUGUAGUAAAAUUAUUGAAAAUUUAUCAGAUAAAGAAAUCAUUUUAUCAGAUAUUAAUUCAGAAUCUAUUUCUGAAAGUGAUUCUAAAGAAAAUAAAAAUUUGAAAGUUACUACAGAAGUAUCUGUAAUUAUCACUAGAGAAAUUAAAAGUACAACUGGUGAUGAAAAAAAUGACCGGGUAGAGGUUAAACAUAAGGAUUGUAAUGAAAAAGAAAACUUUGAAGAACUGACAGUUGAAAAAGUUUUGGAAAAGAAUGACACAGAAGAGAAAUGUGUAGAAAUGAGAGUUUACAGUGAUGAUAUUCAUGGAAUAGAACAUGAAAAUAGGAUUUCUGAUGUAAACUUAGGUCUAACUGAAGUUCUAGAUCAACAGAAGGAAAAAGAGGUGAAAAAAUCUAAGGAAGUUAUAAAUAUGCAAGCAGUUGAAACAAAUAAACUAUUGAAUGAAGUGUUGAAAGAGCAUGAAAAUGGUAACAAGAAAUGUUCUGAAAUUUUUCACGAGAAGGAUCCUGAAGAGAGUUUAAAUGCAGAAAUUUCAAAGUCUAAUAACGAAGUGAAAAUUUUAGAUAGUGAUGCUUUAACGUCAAAAGCAGCGUUACUGAUUGCUACAACCGAAGAAAAUCUCAGUAUGUCUUCCCAGAAAGAUUCUGCAGUUGUACCAUUAAAUAUAAAUUUGGAAAAUGAAGGUUUUGAAAGCAGUACAAAAAUUGAUAAAACAAAGUUAAAUAUAGAAAUUUUGCUAGGAAAUAUUCAAACAUCUGAUGUUGAAAAUGGAAAUGUUGUAAUGAAUGAAUCAAAAAAAGAUGUGGAAAUUACUGAGAAACAUUCUAAAGAAUUUUAUGAAUCUGAAAAUUUUCAAAAUGUUAACAUUAUAAGUACUGAGAUUUUAGGAAUUGAAAAAGAUACUUCAGGAGAUAUAAAUAUUCAGAAUAAUGAUGAAUUCUCUUCAAAAAAUUCUCUUGAUUUUCAUGUAAGUGAUGGAGAUAGAAAUGAUGAAAAAAAUUCUGAUGAAACAGAUUCUAAAGAUUCAUGUCUUAAUAAGAAUAAGAACUGUGAAAUGGAAUUUUCAGUUGACAGCAAAAUUAAACAUGCUACAAAAUCUCUUUCUGACUUCUCUGAGUUGUUGAUUGAAACAUCUAUUGGUAAUAACAAAGAAUUUUUUCAUACUACUAAUGGUAGUAAUAAUCAAAUAAAAGUAAUUGAUAUUGACAUACAAGAGCAGGAAGAAACUCUUGCAAAUCAGCAUCAACUGGUUGAAGCUUCUGUUGGCAUUGACAAACAAGAUAUAUCUUUUGAUGUUGAUGAACAGUCAAAAGAAAUUUGUGUAGAAAGCAAUAAGCUGUUAAAAGAGACUUAUAAUGAAGUCGAACAGUUGAAAGAAACAUGUAUGAAUGUGGGCGACUUAUUAAAAGAAGUUUCUUUUGAUGACAAACAGUUGAAAGAAAAUUCUAUUCUUGUUUGUGAACAAACUGCUGAAAUUGUCAAGAGUGAUGAACAAAAUUAUAAAACUUUUGUUAGUAAUCAGUGUGAUGCUACUUUUGUUGAUAACAACAAAAAAACAUUCUCUGGUGAUAAUGACCACGCUGAUAACAUUGGUGACCAGCUUUAUGAAGCUUCUGUUGACCACAGUAAAAAGUUGAAUGAGAUGCCCCUGAAUGAAAGCAGUUGUCUAGAUAAAACUACCGAUAACAUCAAUCAAUUAAACAAGACGUUUAUUGAUGAUCAAGAACAAAGUAAUUCAUCAGCAGCUGAUUCUAAAGAUUUCGUUAAAUCAUUUAAAAAAGAGUAUUUGGAAGAAGUAUCUAUUAUGCAUAAAAACAAGUUGCUUGAUGUUGAGACUUAUGUUGAUAUUGCACAUUGGAGUGAGAUUGUUAAUAAAGAUAUAGACUUAAAUGAGAGUCUUGAUAGCAACCAACUGUCAGAGAAUAUAUUGAUAGUAGACGAUAAUAAAGAAGUCAAUAAACCAUUAGUUAAUGAUUUAGUAUAUCAAGAAGCAUCUGUUGCAAAUGAGACUAGAAAAGAAGUUAUUAAAAAUGCUAUACAGUUACAGGAUGAAUUAGUUGGUGAUCAGUUGACGACUGAAGAAAUGGUCAAACAGCAGUUGAAUGAGAAAAUGGUAAAAAAACAUUUGGAUGCAGAAAUGGUUAAGGAACGGUUGGAUAAAGCAGUGAUUAAUGAUGAUGAAUCGAGGAACGAAUUACUUAUCAUAAAUAAUGAACAAAUAUCAAUGUAUGGGGAAAAGAGACAUCAAUUAAAUGUGGAAUCAACUGAUAAUAAUAAAGAGUUAUCAGUUGACAAUAAGCAAUUAAACCAGAGACUAGCUGAUAAUAGUAAGCAGUUAAGCGAGUCAUCAGCUGAUGGUAAACUGUUAAAUGAGUCAUCAACCAAUAGUAAUGAGCUAGAAGAUCUUUGCUCAUCAAAGAAUGAUGGUGAGCUUUUGAAUGAGGUUUCAGCUGAUGAAGGUGAACAGCUGAAAGAGACUUCUAUUGAUGAUGGUGAAUGCUUGAACAGAGAAAUGGUGAGGAUGGAAAACCCUGAAACAUCAGAUGAUAAGAAAGAAUUACUUGAGUCAUUGGUAAAUGACAGAGGAUCGCAAAAUGAGACAUCAACUGAUGAAAAUGAAAAGCUAAAAGAAUUGCCAGUUUUUGAUAGUGAACAAUUGAUUGUGUCAUCUGUUGCUGAAAAUAAACAAAUGAAUGAAUCAUUAGCCGAGAUUGAUAAAGAGUUAAAUGAAACAUCAGUUGAUGGUGGUGCACUCUUGAAUGAGCCAUCUAUUAGUGAUAAGCAAACGAAAGAAUCAUCUUGUGAUAGUGUGCAGGCAAAAGAGUCAUCAAACAGUGAUGUUAUGCAAAUUAAAGAGUCAUCCAUCAAUUAUAGUGUACAGUUAAAAGAGCUAUCAACAAACAAUGGUUUGCAUUUGAAAGUGCCUCUAAGUAAUGAUUGUGUGCAAUCAAAAGAGCCAUCAAAUAAUGAUAGUUUGCUGAUGAAAGAGUCACCAAUCAACAAUAAUAUGCAGCUGAAAGAGUCAUUAAUCAGUGAUGGUGAUGAAUUGAAUGAAAUAUCAGCUGAUGAUAGUAUACAGCUAAAUAGGACAUUAGUUGAUGGCAUUGUAAGCACAAAGGAAACAUCUUCUGACGAUAGUAUAAAACUGGAUGAAGCAGUAAUUGAUAAUAUGUUAUUGAAAGAGACGUCUGCUAAUUAUCGUGAACUGAAUGUAACAACGCUUAAUCAUGAGCAGUUAAAGAAACCGUUGAAAGAAUGUAAUAGUGAAUUGUUAGAAACCUCAAAUGGUAACAAUGAACAGGAGAAGGAAAUAGACUCUGCAAAAUUUCUACAUACAAAAACUGAUGAAUGUUAUGAAAAAUUGUGUCUUAAAAAUGCUGAGCAAUGUUUGAUUCAACUUAGUACCGCUGGACGUAUUAGUGACAACAUUGCUGAUAGUGGAGAUAAGAGCAAAAACUCUUCUGCCAUACAAAUAAUUGAACAAAAAAGUAUAAGUAGUGAUGUAUUUAGAAAUCAAUCUGAUCAUAAAAGUGUUAGCAAAGAAUUUGUCUGUAGUGAACCUUCAGUUGUAACCAGUGAAUUAGACGAAUCAGCCAAAGAGAGAGAAGGCAGAAAUACCCAUGAAAAAAAUAUUCCAGAUGAAAGCAGUAUAACUGUAAUGUCUCCAAAGAAUUUAAUCAUUUGUGAAGAACUUAAUAAGGAAGAAGUAAAUAAACUCGCAUCUUCUAAAAAUACGGUAGACAGAGAAAAUUCUGAAGUUUCUGAAACAAAAGACACUGAUGAAAGUGUAAAAAGUAGUAAUGAAUCUGUUUCUGAUGAUCUUGAUCAAUUAAUAGAAGAAGCAAAUAGCAAGACGCUCAAUGCCGAAAAUAGAACAGAUCUGAAUAAAAUAUCAGAUUUUAGUAAUAAGCCAUCUAUAGGGGAGUUUGAUAAAGGGCCUGAUAAUCGUGAAUCUUCACUUUCAACAUAUACAAAAAGAGUUGAUAGUGGGACAAUUAGUAUUGUUAAAAAAGAUGGCAAUAGAAAGAAAACAAAGUUAAUUAAAACUACAGGAAACUCGAAUCAAAUGAGUAAUGAUGAACUUAAGAUGCUUUCUGUAAAUCUUGAACAAUCUAGUGACAUUGUUAUUAAUAGGAAAAGUGUGAAAAGAAAAUCUGAAAACCUCGAAAGUCCAUCAUUAAAAGCAGGUUUGGACUCUUCAACUGAAAUAUCUGUAGCAAUAAAAAUUAAAAAAAAGAAAACAGAGGAAGAAGAAAGUAUGAGUGAUGGGACUGAAAAUUUGGUGAGAUCAUUACUGACCACGGAUCCUCAGAGUUCUAGUGACUUAGAAAUUCAAGGCAGUCAAUGCAGAUUAGAUCCAUCAGAACCUGGACCUAGUAGAGUUGAAACAGAAGCUGAACUUAUUAAUAGGAAAAGAAAAGCUACUUCAUGUUCUUCACCAACUCCAAAUGAAGCCAAAAAAUCAAAAGUUAAAAAUUCAUCCAUUCCCGUUCGUAUGUAUCUUGAACAAUUUGUACCUUUUCUUCUUGAAGGUCUUUUAAAGAUAACAUAUGUUAGACCAGAAGAUCCAAUUCAGUAUUUAGCAGACUGGAUGAAAGAUAACAAAGCAGCAGCUUAUAGGAGGAUGAAUAGCUAACUUUUCCAAAUAAUCUCCUCAGGCAGAAAAUUUUGAAUCUUUUUUUAACCCUUUCAGGGAAAUCAAUGAAUUAAAUUGCUUUACUUUUUACAAUUAUAUAAUUUUCUCUCUUCUCAAAAUCACUUUUUUUAAUGCAUGUAAAUGCCAGUGGACAUGUUUGUAUUAAUGAGUAACUUUUGUAGUACAUUUGCAAGAUCUACAAAUUUGCGAAUAAUUGUUAAUGUCGAAAGUGUUCGUAUGUUUUGCGUGAAUGACAGUGCAUGCAAGACUUUCAUAUCAGUGUGGAUAAUUUUUAAAAUCUUGUAUUGAAUUUAUGAAUUCUUUCAUAUCUGUUGGAUGUCUAGAUGCUUUGUAUAGUAGUUUGAUAUUUUAAGGAAUCUUUGAAAACUAUUGUCAGGAAUUCCUGAUAUUACAAAAUAUACUAUGCAAUACAAUUUUAUCUAUGCAAAAUAGUGAGAAUAUAAAGAUUUUGUUUUUAUUUUUCUGAAUUCUGUUAAAUAUUCUAGAAUCUCAUUUCUUUUUAACUCCCCUCCCCCUUUUUAUCCAAUCGUAGAAACAACGAUAAUUUAAUAAGGGGUACACUUUUUAACUUCAGAGAUAUUUUGAUAUUUUUGAGUAUAUGAUAUGCAAGCUUGUUGUAUAAUUUUUUUCAUAAAAAAAUAAAAAAAUAUUACUGGGAAUUUUUUUUUUGUCACAUUAUGCAAAAAAAAAAAGGGAAAAUUAUUUUAUUAUUCUGAAAUUUUCAUAAUAAAGGAAACUGAAUGGAAAAAAAAAAUAUUUGAGUAUAUUUAAUGCAUUCACUAAAUAUGCUAUUUUGGAUAUAAGAAAUAUGUUCUUGUUUAUAUAAAUUUUCUAAAAAUGCAUAUAUAACAUAAUUAGUGACAAGCAUUACGAAGUUGUUGACAUGGAAGACAGUCAGCUAAUUGUAAAUAGAAAAUAUUGGAAUACUUUAAUCUGCAAUUAAAUUUUUUUUUAAAAUGAAAAAAAUUCGAACAAUUGAAUGAAAUUAUAGUAAUUAAUCCCAUAAAUUUAAAUUUCCUUAAAUUAUCAGGAAAAAAAUGAAAAUCUUAUGAUGCCUCUUCCAAACUUAUGGCAAUCCUAGGCGUUAUGGCACUCCUAACGUUUAAUAAUAUGAUCCUGAAGUAUCAGUUUAAGCAGACACUAAAACUUUUUAUUUAAUGCUGAUAAAAUAUAAUAAAUUUAAAAAUCUGCUAAUGGAUGUAAAAUUUUGGAGAAGGAAUUUAUCAGUUACUUUGUAUUUUAUAAUGAAAGCCUAUACUUUAAAAUGUGAUCAAAGAGAAAUUCCCAGUUUUACAGUCUUCAUCCUAUGCAAAGUUAGUUGUUGUAAAUACAUACUCAGGUGUUGUUUACAGCUUUAGAAAUGAAUUGAGAAUAGAUUAAAUGUUAUCACAUAGUUGGUUAAAUGCACAAAUAUUUAUUUUUUUACUCCCAAAUUUAAAAACUUUAGACUGCGGAUUACUAUAAGAUUUCCCUUGAGAUAAAAACUUCUAAAAUGAUUGUUUAGAAACCUUCAUAAGUAUUCAAUUCUGUGUUUAAAAUUAGUUAUAAUAGAAAAUAAU